GCUGCCUGGGCUCUGCGCCAUCCCAGCGGUGCCCCUGGGAUCGUUGGACUUUAAUGCCGGGAUUUUGUGGCGGCUCGGUCGYUCCCACCGCUGCGAUGGGGCCCUGGGGAUGCGAUAAUGCCGAGUUUCGCUCCAUCUGCCGGACAAUCCCCUCCUUGUCCCGGGCCGGGUCCCGCAGCUGCUCCCCAAAGUUUUUCCGAACAGUUGCUCCUUUUUGCCGGUGCCUGCAGGAGCCACCGGCUGAAACCCUGCUCUCCCAUAGGGAGGGGAAACCCUCGCUGGAAUCCCAGAGGGCAGUUUUAGGUUACAGGCUGCCUUAAGGGCUCGUGUGACCCGGAGGGAACUGGGGAGGUUGCCAAAACCCGAGUCGCCUUUUCUGGUGUGUUGGCAUUGAUGCACCGGUCAGGUGGGGUACGGGGGUUUGGAGUGUCCCCAAAAGCAGCCAGCUCUGGCACAGAUUGGGGUGGUUUUUGGUUUCCUCUGGUUCUCGGAGAGGCAAAUUGUGUUGCUUUUAGGAGUGUGUCAGGGCAGCCGGGCUUCCCGCUGAGCACUGGUGCCUCCUUCCCCCUGGGAUGGCCCCGAGCUGUCCCCAGUCCYGGGGUGGCUGUGACUGGUAAAGCUCCAGUGCCAUCCAGAAGCUGGCACCCUCUGGUCCCUGCGCCUCCCGCAUCCCUGUGGCUUGGUCAUCUGAAGGAUGUCCCUAAUCCUUGGAUUAGGCUUGGCCUUGGGGCAACUUUACCCCUGUUCCUGGUGGUAUUUAGAUCCCAUUAUCCCACUCUGGAAUGCUCUGGCAGUCUGGGCUGUGCCAGCUGGGGCCUCAUUCAGCCACUGCUCGUGGUCCCUCAGCUGUGGUGGGRCCUUCCUGUCCCCUCCUGAGGCCACCCCUUCCCCAGUAGAGCAGGUCCCCAAAAAUCUCAGCGCAUCCCAGAAGGGCUUAAUUCCACAGCCCCGGAGGAUUAAAAUGCUUCCCAUUAGGCUUAAACUGCAGUUUUAUUAGUGCUAGACUAUAGGGUGGAGAGUUUGCAUGAGUUUCACCAUCCCUUUGUGCUCGAGGGUCACAUUCCAAAUCCCAGGGGGAUUCAGGAGAUGGGAUGUCAGCUCCGUGCUGGCACACCGAAGGGAUGCUCCUGUACUGGGAGCUGCUGCAGGGACCUGAAGCACCGAGGAUGCUCAUUUUGUAUUGUGCCAUCGUGUCCCAACUCGCAUCCUAUAAACACCCCGUUCACCCCCAGGACCCACUCAGGUGCAGUUAGCUGCAUCUCAGGGGUAGUGCUGGUCACUAAUUAGGAAAAACUCGUCAGGCAAAGGCUGUAAUGAAGCUCUGCCGGGGCUCUCACAGGACCGUGACGACCGGGGGGAAUUUCCAUGCGGGCAGCAGGAUUUCCAUGCGGGGGCUGGAUCCGGGUUUGGGUUAUUAUUUAUUUUUUCCUUCCUUCCCCUGUGCUGUCAGCAUAAAUUUUAAUUUUAACAACCAAUUGCUGAGCCCAAAGAGGGGGGCAUGAGACUCUGAGAAACACCUCUUGUUUUGCUCAAAGUUUUAUUUAAAUACAUUUUUAUUUUUCAUAGUGACUUCAUUUCCUUGUGGCAGAUGCAAAAGGAUUUCCUCCGGAGCAGGAAAAACCUUUCUUUAACUUUGUUUAGCAUCAUCUGCUCCUUGCACAAAUGGUGYGACUCCACUGCUGAGAGGUCUCCCCUGGUGACGWAGAGGAGCAGGAUGCACUGGUGGCUCAUCACCAUCCUGGGAGUGCUGAGCAGGCCCGCGCAGGGCGCCGGGAGCUGCGGUCCCCCGGGGCAGGGGACAGCGGGAUGCCCGCCUGGAGAGGAACCCACCGGGGAUCCCGCGGGGACGUGCCGAGCUUGUCCCCCCGGCACCUUCUCUCUGGGGGCCGCGUCCUGCGCCGCUCACACGCCGUGCCGGGCCGGGAACAGGGUCCUGGUGGCGGCGGGGACGGCGGCGAGCGACAGCCGCUGCGGAGGCUGCCUGCCGGGGUUCCACAGCCCCGGAGGGGACCGGGAGCCCCGGAGCCGGUGCCUGCCCUGCGCCGCUGCUCCCCGCAGCACCCCSGGCUGCCCAGGCCACCGGAGAGCCCGCAGCCCCGAAAUGCCGGGCCGGGCGUCGGGAACCAACGGGACACGGGUGACGCUGCUGGGUGAGGAGGAGGAGGAGGCGGCAGCGGCGCAGGCAGCCGUGCUGACCAUCGUCCCGGUCUUCUGUGCCAUGGGGCUGUUGGGAAUCCUGGUGUGCAACCUGCUGAAGAGGAAGGGCUACCACUGCACGGCCAGCAAGGAGCCCCAGCCCGGCAGCGCCGGCCCCAGCUCCAUCUGCCAGCUGGAGGACGCCAACGAGGACACCAUCGGGGUGCUGGUGCGGCUGAUCACCGAGAAGAAAGAAAACGCGGCAGCGCUGGAGGAGCUGCUGAAGGAGCAUCAGAGGCAGCAGCUGGUGCCCCCGAGCUGUGCCCCCCUCAAUAAGCUGCACUUCCUGCCUCAGUUUCCCCCCGCCUGCCACCACCAGCAGCACCCGCACACGGUGCAGGGCGCGGACUCGUGCGCCCGCUGCGGCCACAAGUGGCCCGAGGCGCCGCCGCCGCUCGGUGCCACCAAGGUCCCCAAAGCAGGAGCUCAUCCCAGCGAGGUGACCAUCCUGUCCAUCGGCAGGUUUCGGGUGUCCCGGAUCCCCGAGAUGAGGAGCGAGGCGGGGGGAGAGCCCCUCCGCGGUCCCCUCCCCACCGGCAGCGGGAUGUGACCCCUGGCUGAACGGCUCCGAUGGCCCCCGAGCUGGCACCUGGCCUGGGGGCUGCCUCAGGGGUYGGUGACACCCACAAAGACCCCACACAGGGGGUGGAGGACACUGGGCGUUGUGUGACAGCCAGUCCCGCUGGAGGUGGCAGCUCAGCUUCUGCUCCUGCCACCAAGGUGUCCUCCAGCAGCACAACGAGAGGAUUCUGUGUCCCUGAGGCCUGACGGUGGCCACAGCACGGUGGCCUGAUGGAGAACAUCUUCAGGAGCUGCAGUGCCAUCCCUGGGARCCACGAUGCCACACCACAGCUCCGCUGGAAGCACACAGGACACUGGAUGUCAUCUCAUGGUCCCUUUCUGGGUCUGCUGGACUCUCCAGGACCGUCGUGAGCUCCUGAUUUCCCUCCAGUGCUCAGCAGGGCAGGAUAACGAAUCCCUUCCCCACAACCCCGCUGGGGCACGGAUUGCUCAGGGCAAAGCUGGUCCUGCAGCCUCUCUGCAGAGCCCCAGCUCAGGAGGAGCGGUGGUGGCGCUCACCACGAAGGUCACGCACUUCACCUGCCACAGGAAUUCCUUCUGUGGGAUCACGCUGCCUUGGCCACGUUGGGAGCACUGGGACAACCCAAGGUUGGGCUGGAGACCACAGACCUACACCAUCAACCCCAAAAAAAGGGUUUAGGGCCGGUCCCACGCAC